AUGGAAGCGUCAAGAUUGGAUAAUGAAUUACCAGCUAAAAUGGCUCAUCUAGAUAUAAUGGAGGUAAAUGAAACAAGUGUCGACAAAGUUAAGUGUGAACCAACUAAUUCCAGAGUAUUAAGGAAAAGAAAAUCUCUAGCACCAGAACCGACUAAGUCUUCUAAUCGUAGAGUUAGUAUGAAACCUAGGAAACAUAUUGUAACAGAAAAUGCUAAUUCUAAACAAAUCGAAGCUUUAUAUUUGAAUAAAAAAAUUAAAACAUUGAGUCAAACUUUAGAAACAAUAUAUGAAGAACCUAAACCAAACAGUCCAGACACCAGUAAUUACAUUGGAGGAAGAAAAAUCAAAAGACUUCUUACAUUUCAAAUAGGUAACCAAUAUACAAAAGAAAAGAUUAAAAAACGUAGAGCAAAGAUAAAGAAGCUACUUGGAAGUAAAUCAUUUGUUAAUAGAAAGAAAAUUCCUAUGAAUGUAUUUUUGAAAACUAUUGAGUGCUUAGAGCUAGAUGAAGUUAUUCCUUCUGAAAGUACUACAAUUAAUAACAUUGUA